AAGGCCAUUUUUCUUCCCCUAGAGAUAAUAUUGUUCUCAACUAGUGGAGAUUAGGGAUCACAAAUUCAGCAACUGCUCCAUAUCAUUAUUAUUCUUGCUGCUAUAAAAUGAGCAGCCAAUGUACAUUGGAGCUUCCCACAACCAUGGCCAUUGCGGAUCAGAGUUCCGAAUAUGAUAUCAACAUCUCCGUAGCUGGAUUACUCAUCCUCUUGCUUUUUCUGAUCUUCUCAUAUUAUGUCCUGAUUCUGAAGAAAAAGGCUACAAAAUUACGCCGAUCACAACCCCCUGAAGUAGCCGGCGGAUGGCCGAUCAUUGGCCAUCUACGCCUCCUCACAACUGAUUCUCUGCUCCUCCAUGAAAUCUUCGGAGCAAUGGCCGAUAAAUACGGCCCGAUAUUCCAGAUCCGACUCGGUGUCCACCCAACUCUAGUUAUAAGCAAAUGGGAAAUCGCUAAAGAAUGCUACACAACUCUUGAUUCAAUCGUCUCUUUCCGACCCAAGAUUUUAACUGAAAAAGAAUUAGGCUACAACUUCGCCGGGUUCGGGUUUCGGCCGAAUUACGAUGACUAUUACCGAAACAUGCGUAAGAUAGCAGUCUCGGAAGUGCUUUCGAAUCGCCGUCUGGAAAUACAGAGAGAUCUCAGAGUCAGUGAAGUGAAUAGAGGAGUGAAGGGGAUUUACAAUUCAUGGACAGAAUAUAGAAAUGGUGAUUUAAUUGUUGAUUUGGAUGAGUGGAUUGGGAAUAUUAAUUUGAAUGUGAUCUUGAUGAUGGUUUGUGGGAAGCGGUUGGUUGGGGGUUCGGAGAUGGACCGAUGUCGUAAAGCGAUGAGGGGGUUCUUUGAAUUGGCGGGGCGGAUUACGGUGGGAGAUGCCAUUCCUUUUCUGAAAUUUCUGGAUCUUGGUGGUUAUUUGAAAGCGACUAAGGAAGUUUCUAAAGAAUUGGACUGUCUAAUGGAGGAAUGGCUGGAAGAACAUCGUCAGAAGAAGAAAGACGCCGGUGCCGGGGAGGAGGAGGACCUAAUGGGUGUGAUGCCGUCGCUUCUUGAAGGGAUGGAUCUUGGUGGAUAUGAUGCUGAUACAGUCAAUAAAGCCACUUGCUUGACCCUCAUUUCUGGAGCAACUGAUACAAUGACGGUAACUAUAACAUGGGCAAUCUCAUUAUUACUUAACAACCAAGAGGCACUAAAAGGAGUACAAGAGGAGCUAGACAACCAUGUCGGAAACAAAAGGUUAGUGGAUGAAUCAGACAUAAGCAAGCUAGAGUAUCUCCAAGCCGUCAUCAAAGAGACAUUAAGAUUGUACCCAGCAGGGCCAUUGUCAGGAGCUCGAAAGGUAAGCCAAGAUUGCACAAUUGGAGGCUACAAUGUGGCGGCGGGCACGCACCUUAUAACAAACAUUUGGAAGAUACAGAGGGACCCUCGAGUUUGGCCAGAGCCUUCAAAGUUCAAACCAGAGAGGUUUCUUAGUAGCCAUAACUACAACCACAUAGAUGUGAAGGGCCAACAUUUUGAACUGUGUCCGUUUGGUUAUGGAAGAAGGUCCUGCCCUGGGUUGGGGAUUAGUCUUUUGAUGACGCCGUUGGUGUUGGCUAGUUUGAUUCAUUCAUUUGAACUUCGAACUCGUUGUGAUGAACCGGUGGACAUGGCUGCCAACCUUGGGCUCACCAUGCACAGAGUCAACCCUCUUCAUGUUCUCGUCAAGCCGCGUCUUCUAGCUACUGCUUAUGCAUGAUCUCUGCCAACUAUUUUGUUGUUUUUUUUGAGUUACAUAAAAUCAUUUUUAAGUAAACUGCCUUUUGUAGUUUAAUAAUGGUAAUAGUUGCAUCCAUUAUCAUGUAUCCUCUUCAAUCAUAAAGAAAAAAAAAUUAAAAAGAAAAAUUUGUCACAUAUCAACUUAUGAUUAGACACCUAAAUGAGCUGUAAGUACUUAUGGGAUGGAAUAAAAAAAUCUAUGUAAUAAUUAAGCUUAGGCUUUAA